AUGGUAAAAGAUUUACCAGCACAUAAUUUUGCGCUGUCUCCUCCUCCACCGUCAUACGUUUACAAGUCACCUCCUCCACAUGCAUAUGUGUACUCUUCCCCUCCUCCACCUCCUUAUGUUUACAAGUCUCCUCCUCCACCUGCAUAUGUAUAUUCUUCCCCUCCUCCACCAUCUUACAUUUACAAGUCACCUCCUCCACCAUCUUACGUUUACAAGUCACCUCCUCCACCUGCAUACGUGUACUCUUCCCCACCUCCACCAUCGUACAUUUACAAGUCACCUCCUCCACCUUCAUACGUUUAUAAGUCACCUCCUCCACCUGCAUAUGUGUACUCUUCCCCUCCUCCACCAUCUUAUGUUUACAAGUCACCUCCUCCACCUUCAUAUGUUUACAAGUCACCUCCUCCACCUGCAUAUGUGUACUCUUCCCCUCCUCCACCCUCUUACGUUUAUAAGUCACCUCCUCCACCUGCAUAUGUGUACUCUUCCCCACCUCCACCAUCUUACAUUUACAAGUCACCUCCUCCACCAUCCUACGUAUACAAGUCUCCUCCUCCACCGUCAUACAUUUACAAGUCACCUCCUCCACCUGCAUAUGUGUACUCUUCCCCUCCUCCACCAUCUUACGUUUACAAGUCACCUCCUCCACCUGCAUACGUUUACAAGUCACCUCCUCCACCAUCUUAUGUUUACAAGUCACCUCCUCCACCUUCAUAUGUUUACAAGUCACCUCCUCCACCUGCAUAUGUGUACUCUUCCCCUCCUCCACCAUCUUACGUUUAUAAGUCACCUCCACCAUCUGCAUAUGUAUACUCUUCUCCUCCUCCACCAUCUUACGUUUACAAGUCACCUCCUCCACCUGCAUACGUGUACUCUUCCCCACCUCCACCAUCUUACGUUUACAAGUCACCUCCUCCACCUUCAUACGUUUAUAAGUCACCUCCUCCACCUGCAUAUGUGUACUCUUCCCCUCCUCCACCAUCUUAUGUUUACAAGUCACCUCCUCCACCUGCAUAUGUGUACUCUUCCCCUCCUCCACCUUCUUACGUUUAUAAGUCACCUCCUCCACCUACAUAUGUGUACUCUUCCCCACCUCCACCAUCUUACAUUUACAAGUCACCUCCUCCACCAUCCUACGUAUACAAGUCUCCUCCUCCACCGUCAUACGUUUACAAGUCACCUCCUCCACCUGCAUAUGUGUACUCUUCCCCUCCUCCACCAUCUUACAUUUACAAGUCACCUCCUCCACCUUCAUACGUUUACAAGUCACCUCCUCCCCCAAGUGUGAAAGCGGCAGAUUAUGGUGACAAUCAUUACAACCACAACCACAAGUAUCCUCAUCACCAUUAUAAGUCGCCUUCAUCGUAUCUUUAUAAAUCUCCACCACCGCCAUCUUAUGUUUACAAGUCACCUCCUCCACCUGCAUAUAUGUACUCUUCACCUCCUCCACCAUCUUAUGCUUACAAGUCACCUCCUCCACCUGCAUAUGUGUACUCUUCUCCUCCUCCACCUUCAUACAUUUACAAGUCACCUCCUCCACCAUCUUACAUUUACAAGUCACCUCCUCCACCUGCAUAUGUGUACUCUUCUCCUCCUCCACCUUCAUAUGUGUACUCUUCUCCUCCUCCACCUUCAUACGUUUACAAGUCACCUCCUCCACCCGCAUAUGUAUACUCUUCUCCUCCUCCACCAUCAUACGUUUACAAGUCUCCUCCUCCACCAUCAUACGUUUACAAGUCACCUCCUCCACCUGCAUAUGUGUACUCUUCUCCUCCUCCACCUUCAUACGUUUACAAGUCACCUCCUCCACCUGCAUAUGUGUACUCUUCCCCUCCUCCACCAUCUUACGUUUAUAAGUCACCUCCUCCACCCUCAUACAUUUACAAGUCACCUCCUCCACCUGCAUAUGUGUACUCUUCUCCUCCUCCACCUUCAUACGUUUACAAGUCACCUCCUCCACCCGCAUAUGUAUACUCUUCUCCUCCUCCACCAUCAUACGUUUACAAGUCUCCUCCUCCACCAUCAUACGUUUACAAGUCACCUCCUCCACCUGCAUAUGUGUACUCUUCUCCUCCUCCACCUUCAUACGUUUACAAGUCACCUCCUCCACCUUCAUAUGUUUACAAGUCACCUCCUCCACCUACAUAUGUUUACUCUUCCCCACCUCCACCAUCUUACAUUUACAAGUCACCUCCUCCACCAUCCUACGUUUAUAAGUCUCCUCCUCCAUCUGCAUAUGUGUACUCUUCCCCACCUCCACCAUCUUACAUUUACAAGUCACCUCCUCCACCAUCCUACGUUUACAAGUCUCCUCCUCCAUCGUCAUACGUUUACAAGUCACCUCCUCCACCUGCAUAUGUGUACUCUUCCCCUCCUCCAUCAUCUUACAUUUACAAGUCACCCCCUCCACCUUCAUACGUUUACAAGUCACCUCCUCCCCCGAGUGUUUAUUAA